CGCCCCGGACGGGCCCCGCCGUGCCCCGGAAGCGGCGCGCACGCAGGCGCGGCGGGCGCACGUGGCACCGGUGGCACCAUGGCGAAAGAGAAGGAGCACCUGGACCGUGCCCAGGUGAAGAAGGCGGUGGAGGCUCUCGUGGCUUUUGCCAGAAAAAAAAACAAGGGAGAUGAGCUGCUCCUCAACGAGGGCGAGAGCGUCCAUCUGGUGCUGACGGUGUGGAAGGUCCCGCAGGUGGCAAAAGUCAUCAGAAUACCACUGCCCCAUGGCAUUCUACCAGAAACAGCUGAGGUUUGCCUGUUCACAAAGGAUGAACCGAAUUUAUCAGCAGAACAGACUGAAAAUCUGUACAAGAAACUUUUACUCCGCAAUGGGGUCAGAAGUAUUAGCCGGAUUAUCUCUUACAAAACCCUGAAAAAGGAGUAUAAAAUGUUCGAAGCGAAGCGGCGCCUCCUGAACAGUUUCGAUCUCUUUCUGUCUGAUGACCGAAUUAGAAGGCUUUUGCCCUCACAUCUAGGAAAACACUUCUAUGAAAGGAAAAAGGUACCUUUAUCUGUAAACCUGAAAGCCAAAGAUCUUGCCAAGGAACUAGAUAAACAUAUCCAAGGGACUGUACUCUCAGUUAACAACAAAGGAUGCUGUUAUACAACACGCAUUGGUCACACUGGGAUGAAAGUGGAUGAGAUACUUGAGAACAUCAUUGCAGCAGCAAAAGUGAUUGGUACCAAGUUACCAAAGAAAUGGAAAAAUGUUAAACUUCUUCACCUCAAAACACUUAAAUCAGUUGCACUUCCAAUAUUUGCUGCAAAUAUCUCCAACCUGGAUGAGCUUGACAAACAACUGUCUGUGUCUGUUAAGAAAACUGAACUGAAGAAGGCAAAAGUCAAGAAAGGGAAGAGGACACCUAGAAAACAGAAAUCAAGUCAAGUCACUGUGACAGCAGAGAGUAAAGCUGCUGCAGGUACUCAGGAGCCUGUGGUAAAAGAAAAAGCAGAAGUAGUCCAACAACCAGGGGAUUGUGAUGAUGAAGAAAUUCCACAACUGGUGCCUAUACAAACAACGAGCUCAGCUGACCUGAAGAAAAUGGGCCCAAGUCCAGGAAAAGAUGACAAUUUGGGCAAGAAAACCAAAACAUCCCAAAGAAAGAGAAAGAAACCAUCUGUAGCGGUGGAUGCUCCAAAAUCAAAACCUGAGGGUACAGAAGAGUGUGCAGACUUGCAGAUGCCAUCAAAAGAGAAAAAACCCAAGCAAGUCAGCAAGCCAAAGGAAGGAAUAAAAGGAAAAGACAUGAAAAAGACUCCAAAAAAGCCUGAAGCAAAGUCUUUUGUAACACCGAAAGCUGGCAAGUCAAUCCAGGCAGCCAGGAAGUCUUCAAAACCACCGAAGCAGGCACCCAAAAAGGCUCCCGUGCCGCAGUCACAGUGACCAUUGGCUGUUGUAACACAUUUUGUAUCAUCAUUCUGUGGUGUAUUUUCAGUAAACAUUUCUUGAUGAAGUAAAAUACCUUUGUAGAAAA